CAUCAUUCAGUAUUCAACAAGUUCAGAACCAGAAAGAGGGAAAAUCAGGAGGAAGAGCUUUUUGGGUUCAGUUUUUUAAGAAUAAUAAGAGCUCUUUCCUCUCGACUUUGACUCCGACUCUCUCUUUUUCUCUCUCCGUAUGUAUACUCAUAUGCGUAUACGCUGAGCAUACAAAAAUACGUAGUAGUAUAUGUAUAUACGUACGUGAAAAUCUCCAGAUCGAAGUUAGGGUUUUAGUUUUUUAGGUCUUCAAAAUGUCAGGGCUUCAUCGAUCUUCUAGCGCUCCUUCAAAAAAUGGCCUUCCUCCUCAGGAACUCCUUGACGAUCUUUGCAGUCGGUUUGUUUUGAACGUGCCAAAAGAAGAUCAGCAAUCAUUUGAGAGGAUUUUAUUUCUUGUGGAGUAUGCACAUUGGUUUUAUGAAGACAAUUCUGUAGAAAAAAAUCCAUCAUUGAAGUCUUUCACUCUCAAGGAAUUUACAUCCUUAAUGUUUAACAGUUGUGAUGUUUUAAAACCAUAUGUUCCUCACAUAGAUGACAUAUUCAAGGACUUUACCUCUUACAAGGUUCGAGUUCCUGUAACUGGGGCCAUCAUCCUUGAUGAAACUUUUGAAAGGUGCUUGCUAGUAAAGGGAUGGAAGGGUUCAAGUUGGAGUUUUCCACGUGGGAAAAAGAAUAAAGAUGAAGAGGACCACACUUGUGCAGUUAGAGAAGUCUUGGAAGAAACAGGAUUUGAUGUAUCAAAACUUCUUCAUAAAGAUCAAUUCCUUGAAAUGACAUUUGGACAGCAAAGGGUGCGGCUUUACAUAAUAGCUGGAGUGAAAGAGGAUACAGCAUUUGCCCCACAAACUAAAAAAGAAAUUAGUGAAAUUGCAUGGCAAAGACUGGAUGAACUUCAACCAGCAAGUAAUGACGUCAUAUCUCGUGGGAUGACUGGCCUCAAGCUCUACAUGGUUUCUCCAUUUUUAACAUCUUUGAGAUCGUGGAUUUCAGCACAUCAGCCUCCAGUAGCACCUAGACUGGAUAGACCUUCAAGAGGAAAAAGUGUAUGGAACGCAAAGAAUAGUUCCACUGGGAGCAGCUCAGUUUUAACUGAGAUUCAAUUGAACAAGCCUGCAGCUGAUGCACAUCCCCCAGACACAGGUCCUGGCAAAAGCUUCAGAAACUUCCGGUUUGACACUACUUCGAUAUAUCGUGCAAUGGAAGCUGGCUUCUCUUCUUAAAGUGUAGAGUGUAGUCACGGUCGAUUGUCAAGUUUCAUGUGCACAUAUAGCUUCAGUCACCACAUCAAUUGUCGACAAAAUCUAGGUCUCUUCAUGUUAAUCCGCCAGUCAAGUUCGUAGUUUUGUGGCUGUUCUGUUCAGGUAAAGGUUUGUGAUGCAUGUACAGUAUGUACAGGAACCUUUUGUAUUGAAUAGUCAAGCAUGUUCUUUAGUAGAUGCAAACACACUCCUUUUAAUUUGGACACUAUAUUUUCCUACGUAUCAGUGUUGCCCGAACUCCUAACUGAGUCCGUACUUCCAUCUUGCUGUCUUUCUUCUCGAGCAAUGACAGUUCUAGCAUGGAGGCCU